AUGGGCAUUGUGUAUGGAGCUGCUUUUGGAUCACACCAGUUCCUAGUAGCAGAAAUUCUUGUGUUUCUCGUACAUCAGGACUUCGGCAGAAACGUUUACACUAUUAAGGAGGUGGUGAGUGAAAUCCGGGACAAGGAGACCAGGAGGCGACUGGCCGUGCUGCCCUAUGAGCUUCACUUCAAACAGCCCUUCCCUGAGUAUGUUAAACUAGUGACAGAAUUCUCAAAAAAGACAGGCGACUACCCCAGCCUGUCAGCCACAGAUCUCCAGGUGCUAGCCCUGACCUACCAGCUGGAGGCAGAGACCGUUGGAGUGGCUCAUCUGAAGACAGAACCAGAAAAAAAGGUUCAGCUGAGCUCCACCAUCCGGCAUCCAGAGGCGCCUGUGAAUAUCGCUGGGUUCCACCUGCCAUCCAAGUCCCAGCGCCUGGAGGCGGAUGCGUGCGUGUCCACCUCGGCAAGCCGCCCGCGGGCAGCAGAGGACAGCCCCGAGUUCGGGGCCUUCCUGUACUGGAGGAACCCUCUGCCCAGCAUCGAAGAGGACCUGCAGGAGCUUCUGAAAGCUCACACCGUUUCCCUGAGCCCCGAGGUCCCAGCGACACUGCCGCCUGGGAUGGAUCAGGAGAGCGCUGGGGAGGAGGGAAGUGACGGGGACAGCGACGACGGAGAAGGCUGGAUAACGCCCGACAACAUCAAACGGAUCCAGCAGGGGAUGGGGCAUUGCGAUGCUCCUGCCAACGUGCAGGUCGGCUGCGUGACCACAGACUUUGCCAUGCAGAACGUUCUGCUCCAGCUGGGUCUCCACGUGCUGGCAACGAACGGCAUGCUGAUCCAGCAGGCCAGAAGCUACAUCUUACGCUGUCAUGGCUGCUUCAAGACGACGUCCGACAUGACUAGGGUCUUCUGUCCGCACUGUGGCAACAAGACGCUGAAAAAGGUGGCCGUGAGCCUGGGCGCUGACGGCACCCUCCACAUGCACUUCUCCCGCAACCCCAAGGUGCUGAACACACGCGGGCUCCGGUACUCCCUGCCCACUCCCCAAGGGGGGAAACACGCCAGCAACCCCCACUUGUCCGAGGACCAGCACUUCCCUCAGCAGCGGCUUUCCCGGAAGGCAAGGCAGAAAACCAACGUCUUUGACCCGGAUUACAUCGCAGGGGUUUCUCCCUUCGCGGAAAACGACAUCUAUAGCCGGGCGGCUCACCUGCAGAUCCGGGACGCAGCGCUGGGGGCGGGCCGGCGGCGCAUGAACCCCAACGCUGCGACCAAGAAGUUUGUGAAGAAGCGAUGAAGGGAGGGGCCCUGCUGUGAGCUGGCUGCCUCCGAGGGAAGCCGUUGCCUCAGGGCAAUAAGCAGUGUCAUGUGGUGGUGUCUGAUCCCGGGAGGAGGGGGAGAAUUGUCGCAGGGCGUCCCAGUGUUGUUCCAAAGCUUCCUGCGCUGCCUGGGUUGGGGGGGGCUGUUGGCUCAGCUGGCUGGCUAAGGAGCCCAGCAAUGCCUGUGGGCAGCAUGGGAGGUGCACGUUGUCCUUGUGGACUCCCCACUGGCCCUGAGGCUCCAGCCCGCUGGUCGGGGAGCGCAGGGCCCUGGACCCUGCAUGCGCUGCAGGAGGCGGCCACGUGCUUUUCACUGCUCCUGUCCCGCGGGGAGCAGCAGCAAAGGCGCCGUUAGCGAUGACGGCUUCUCUGGGUGCUGCCGCCCCGCCCCCCACUUCUGUCUCGCUGCAACUACAACGGCUCUUCGGGCAGUUUCAGUGGUGCAUGUGGCUCUUGGCCUCGGGUAGCCCGUGGCCACCGCCCCUCGGGCCAUGCCCUGGCAGAAAGAGGAGCAGAGUUUGCACCAUCUCCUGGGGCCUGACAGCGCCGCAGCAGCCUGACUCCAGCGCCCGGGGGGAGUCUGUUCCUUCAUGUUUUGACUUGGCUAACAAACCCCUCAAGGUGAAUGCUCAGCAAUUCGGCCCUGUUAACACUGCAGGAGCAGACAGCUGCCCCCGCGCCAGAACCUGGGUUAGAAGCCAUCCGCUCCGUCCCCCAACAGCUGCCUGUGAGUUAGGCGGCAGAGGGAAGGCAGGCGGCUCCUGUUUCUGCUGCAGGGGACCGGCGUGAGCAGUCUGGGAACACUGGCAAUAGACCCGGACUGUUUGUGUAACUCCCAGGGGAGUAGCCCCAAAACUGCAGGAGCUGCUCUAGUGUCAGCUCUCCUUGCCCCCAUUCUGUUUGCCCCCCAGCUGUUCUCAGGCUGCUGGUAGCCCCUGCGUUGCCUGGCAGGUUCACACACGGCGUUGUCCAGUCGCUGCCUCGCCUGAAGCAUCCCCCUGUGGCCACGCACGGUCUUUCCCUGGGUGGCUGUCCCCGCCCGGCGACACACACAGACGGACGUGCUCCCGUCGGCCGGCAGCUCUGCUGUAACAGCACUAACUGGGAGCAAACAAACGGACGGGUAUUAACAGCUCCAGUGUGAGCAGGGAUAAGAGCAGCACCAGGCAUAGACACACACAAAGCUGUAACAGCCAGGCUGAGCGCUUGACAAACGUGCCCUGCAGUGCUGUUAGCCAGCCCCUGCAUGACCCCACCUUCCUUCUUGUGACCCCAGACCCCGUUACUUCUAGGGGCAGAACUAAAACGGCUCCUCGGUCCUUCCUCAGAGACCCCCUAGGUCCUGUGAAGCAGGAACAGCUGAAUAGACAGAGUAGGUCUGGCAGAAACGCCUGUUAUCAGCUGUGCCUUGGGGCAUUAUUUGAAACACGGCUCGUGGCUGCAUGACCAGCGUGUCCCCAGGGUCCAUGUCAGACCUUACAGGACGCGAUGGCUGAGUCCUAGGAGCUGGGGUGCAAGGUGUAGCAGGCCCGACAGGAGUAGCUCCUGUAGAACAGUGAGGGAGGGGGCCUGAGGGUCACCAAGACCUCUCCAUGCCCUUAGGCCGGCGAAGUAGCUGCCAGCCUAGGCAGCAGCAGGAAAUCCUCGGGUGCCUGGCUCCACGUGGUCCCGGAGCUGUGGCCUGUUUCUGGGAGCUCGCUGCUGCCUGAGAUCAUGCCCCCUGGAGGUGGCCUGCAAGCCAGCCCAGAAGCACCUUAGCCUGUGUGGCAGGACAGGCCUCCCUUAGCUGGAGAACACUCCCCUGCCCUGUAUUUCUGCAGGGAGGGGGAUGGUUUCCAGUUAGAGGGCUGCUGGGCAGCUGUUUGCCUCCGUGGCUUCAGCUGACGCUGAUGGAAUUCCCUGCAAGGAACUCAGCGAGCGUGGCCUCCCACCCAUCAGAGGGGCGGCGCUGGGGGCUCUGCUGCCAGUAGAAGCCUGGGGAGGAGGAAGCCAGCAAAUACCACCAUGAGCGAAGGGGCUUGUGCUGCGUUGGAAUCUCAGCCAGAGGCUCCGGUGCCACGUCGGUAUUUUAGAUCCGAAGGAGCGGUCGCUUCAGUGGGGCUGCUGCCUGCUGGGAAGGGCAGCCCCGGAGAGGAACCGGAGGGGCCGCUGUACUGGCU